AUGGGAAUACAAGGUGAUUUGGCUCUUGCGGUAGAGGGAGCGCGUAAUGGUACCGCUUCUUUUGACGACAGCCUUCGGGCAACUACGGAUGAGCGUGGCUCAUGUAGUAUUGAAGCAGAUAGGCUGCUAUUUGUAAAUACAGCGCUCCGUGCUAUUCCUGGUCGGACGCUCUGCACCUUCUUCGCCCCUAUCAUGGGUGUCAAGCGCAAUCUCCUCAAUCGGAGACGACUCACGGAGCAACACAUGUUAUCUGACCCAGUGAAAGCGGAGAGGUUGUACAAGGACGCUAUUCGUAUUCUUACUAAGACUCUUGUAGACGCAUCGGCAGAGGUAUUUGACUCGGCGGCGCCGAUCGACGAGAAGGAGCUGGCUGCCGCCUUGAGGGGAAAAUUGGUCCCGCAGUGUUACGAACCAGGAGCAGUUCUCGCGUAUCCCGGGGAAUUCCCCGAGGUUAUGUUUGUGCAUGUUGUGUUGAGUGGAAGCGUGCAGGUUGUGCACUAUCAGCUGCAGAGCCGGAGAAUGGGCUUCUCUGAGGGUAGUAGAAGGCAAUAUUUUGUGUCUAAUGAAGUACUGAGGUUGAGUGGGGCCCUGGGACUUCAACCGGAACUUUUCAAAUUGAUCAACGCGGCACCGGAGCCGCUCAGUGACGGUGCGAGUGAUAUGGCUUCUCUUUCCAACGUUUCGACCACUGCUACCCGCACAAUGCGGCGCGUCUCGCGUAUGAUGGGACAACCCACACUCCAAGCAAUUCGAACGGAGUUGAACCGGGCCCCAUAUGUUCUUAGUGCACAGGAAGCACUUGGAUUUGAGCCUUUUCGGCUCACCACAGUUACCGCUGAGGCAACGGGUCCAUCUGGAAGGGGGGGCGAGUCGUCCCCGGAUUCACGCAUAAUUCAGACAAUGAGGAUCCGUGCGAGGGACCUCCACAAAGCUCUUGUCCAGAUGGCACUUUCUCAUGCGGGAAAGCAGCGAACUGCCACAUCACCAACGGCAUCGAGUCGGCACACCUCUGCAUUGAUGGAAUGCAUUUCUGUGGCUCGAGUGAAAUGUAUAUGCCGUCAUUACCCACUUAACGAGAUUCUCAUGCGUCAGAGCUGGUUGUUGCAGGACACUCCAGCCUACACAAUAAGGGCUCUGGUGACGCAGCUAGCCCCUCGUUCGUACUUUCCAGGGGAGGUCAUUCUUUGUCCCCACUCAACAAACAGACACCUGAGCUUCUUGCGGCGUGGCAUAAUGACUAUUGAAGAGGUGCCGCCACCGGACCCUUCUAGGCCUAAUGCAUGCCAAUGCGGUUCUCUUUCUGGAGGGAAUGUUCUGCAGGAGGUUCCUCAGGGUGCGUCGUUUGGCGAGUUGUCGGUGCUGUUCGGCGAACCUAGACAGUUUGUGCUUCGUGCAAAGACACCGUGUGAUGUUUGGUCCCUCUCACGACAGAGUUUUGCGGCAACUAUCAGGCGUGAUGAUGCCCUCCGGGCAAGUCUGCUUUCGAAAGCCGCUGCCCUCCGUAUGCGGUGGUUGGGAGAACAGCGGUACACUACGGUACUGGCGGACAAACUACGCGAAUGUUGCGAACUCUUCCGCCACGCAUCCGAUAGUUUUAUCCGUCUCAUACAAGAGCGAGUGGAGCCUGUUGUGUAUCCACCGGGGAGAUUGCUAACGUCAACCUCUGCGCGCUGCAUGGAGAUGCUGAUCAUUACUCAUGGUAAGGUUUCAUCAAUUGUUGAUGGUGUGGCAGAAUAUGGCCCGGGGAGUGUCAUUGGGGAACCAACUAUAAUCCUGCACCGCUGGCCCCUUGGACUCGUCUCGAAGUCCAUGGUGGAAGGAUGGAAACUUACCCGACAUCAGUUGCGGGAUGCACUUGAGCGUGUGGAGGUGCUGCGUCAGCACUCUGGUGAGGUUGCAGGUCACGUCCAACAGCUCAUGCAGAGUAUAUUUGCUCCCCCCGUCCCUCCAUGCGGCGUGGAUGCCGUUGGGCGGUCGCGGAUGCCCUUGGUGGGACCACCUCCUUAUGGGAACACAUAUUUCGAAUACGCGGAAUGGCUCGCAGAGGGUCAACUGAAGGCUCUUUGCUUUAAGCAUCGCGAAUACGUAAACUGGAAGGACAUUUCUUACUCUACACUGUCUGGACAAGGUAAGAAGAAGCGGGGCAAAGUUUUUAAACUUUCAGAGACGUUUGACGUUCCUACGGUUGGUGAUCACCGUAGCUCGCUUCCGGCAUUAAGGCCCGUGACUAAACCACAUGCACCGAAGCAUAAGAGGAAGGAGCAGCCACGCAAAAUUCGCUUUGCUUCCGCAGGGAGCACUUUUCCGUUUCACAUUAAUCCUGUUAUUGGAAGGCAGCUUGUUGCACACCCGAAUUCUGCAAAGCAACCUGUAGCCGUCCCCUUCGAAGCCGAUCCAUUCUUGGCGAAGCAGCGAGCCCUGACAUCCGCCUUUGUGGAGAAAACUUUUAAUGGUCCUCUGCCUCAGCUGCAGCAGAUGACAAAUCUUCUAGAGAAUCGUGACAAGUUGAUGAAGGUGGAAGCGAAGCAGCACAAGCUAAAUGACUCUAAGCAGGAGCGUAUGAAUGUAAUUGACUUAACUGAGUCAGGUGGACUCGCGCCCGUUCACAUCUUUCUGCACGGGAGCAAUCCCCGCGUGCACAUUACAGUGGAAGAAGCGGUGGCCGUGGGGUACGUACUACAGUUCCCGGACACCAAACGCAUUCAAUCGUGCGUCUCAAACAUCGAUUCGGACGUGACGCUUGGAUUGCCGCAGCACCGGCAACGCCGGAGAGAUAUGGCGUUUAUUCCAAAUGAUCGACAUCCUCGUUACUGUUUUCUCUUUGCCGCCUCUCAGCUCGGAGAGAGGAGUGCGGAAGAAGUUCUGCUUUACGAGGCCGCUGUACAGGAGGCGGAGAGCAAAGAACGAGCGCAGCAUCUCACUGCACUUUUGGUGGCGCAGCUGCCAGAGAAGCACCGACCGUCAGCGGAGCAACAUGCUGUAAUUCCCGACGCAGAAAAUACCGCAACGGGGGAGUGGAGGGGGGUUUCGAUGCCUGUCACCUCUCUGAAUCCUACCGUACCGGGAAAUGCGGUCUCAUCGCGCCGAAGGUCUUCCUCGCCUCAAGUGAAAGAUGCAACUGGUGAAACAUUCCUACAGCAUCUCCGCGACAGCCCCGAGCAGGCAAUGAGUAAGAUGCGCAUGAAGUUUCAAGUUUCCGCUAAUGCCGUUGAAGAAGUUGAUGGAAGCAAAAUUAUUGCCACUCGGGCGAGCGGUGAUGUCACGCCCCUGGCCGUUAGUGGCGCUGAGGGUUCCGACCAAAAGUUUGACCUGCUCGACCGUCUGCGCAGUGCGACAGCGCCAGUAGAGGGCAUCAACGAGGGCGGUGCCGGCGAACUCCCUCCGCGAAGACCCAAUGCGGAUCCUGAUGAGAAAUCAGAUAGUGGAACACACAGUGAAGGUGAACACACUAUGGAGAAGUUCUUUAAGAAGGAAGAAACCCCAGUCUUUGUUGACGGUUAUGGGGAGCUCAGUACGGUACAAAGCAAAUCCACUGUCGAGGUUGCAGCUACUCAACCCACAGUUCCUCCAACCGCGCGCGGGGAACCGAGUGAGAAUUGGUUCACGGAUUCACCACCAAUACCUGGCGCCAGCAACACUACAUGCGCAUGGAUGCCGCAGAACUUCACCAUGCCUACUGUUAGUGAGGCAACGGCGACUAUGCGUCUGAUCCAAAGUGAUGUGGACGGCCUCAAUGCCGUUGCGCAGGAGCAAAGGCGCGAGCGCUUGCAGCGGCGCAAUAUUCCCGGUGCUGGUGUCUUCGAUCCUACCGCUUCUAAUGUGACAUCUCUUGAGUCACAGCGGUUGGUGGACGAGUGGGUUGCUGAAUAUCGUGGGCACUCACGUGACCCUAUGUGUCCUGCCCAGAUUCCGCCACUACUGCUCGCAGAGGCUGGCACUGAUUAUCUUGCUGAAGAGUUCCGUCACACUCGGCGCCAACAUGUGGUUGCUGUGAAGGAAGCGCAGGGUGUUGAAAUAUGGCGUGGUGAGGUGGAUGCACGUGCGCGUCGGGAAGGGAAGAAUCGCCAGGAUUCCAAUUCCCCCGGCGGCGGCAAAAGUGUUUUGGCAGUUAUAGGAGGUACUAAACUUGGGUUUCCCGCGAAGCCGCUACGCAAUCCAACAGCAAAUAUGAGCGCGGAGGAGUACGAGCGGUGGGUCAGUGAGCGCGACGCACUGUUUGCUUCAGCUGAUGGUCGCCAAUAA